AGGGGGAGAGAAACGUGCCUGGUGCCAUUCAAGCGGCUGAUGCCCCCCCACCCCCGCCCCCCUCUCUCUGUUUGACUGCAGUGAAUCAUGUCACGCCGGAAACAGAAGAGACCCCAGCAACUCGUCAGUGCAGAUCCGGGGGGCCCAAAGCUGCUAUACGAUGACCACCUGAGCUUAAAGUCGCCAUCCACAUCCCUGGGCUCCGACGUGACCUCAUCAGCGUCCUCUUCCCCAUCGCCCACGCCUCUCCAAGACUGCCAGCCGCCUCUGGCCCCUCGCCCAUCCCCUGGAGGGCUCCACGCGCCCUCCUUGCCCAGCGAGAGCUCACCUCCUCCCCACUGGCCAAGCCAUAUUGUUCCCUUUGCCACAUCCCUCCCCAACACCCACUCUUCCCUCUCCCCGGACUUCCCUCACCCAUCACUGUCUUCACAGACUCAUUCACCUCCUCCGCUGGAUCAAACGUCUGGAUCCAGUAACCUGCCUCAUCAAGGAAGCUCCCACUCGACAAUGACCUCUCCACCAAUGGGCAGCUCUGCCACCGCCACUACCUCCACAUCCUCCUCCUCCUCUUUCUCCUCGCAGCAGCCUCAACCAGACAGCUCCAGUCCCGGUCAGCAGCAGGCCUCCACCUCAUCAGGGGAACAAGUACAUAUUCAGGUCCCUCCGACACUGGCGGUGCUCUUGGAGGAGCUGAGGGUUCUGCAGCAGCGGCAAAUCCACCAGAUGCAGAUAACAGAAGAGAUCUGCAGACACGUCCUCAGGCUCGGUGGAGCUGUCUUUGGCCAAGAUACUAGUGUACAUGCUGGUACAGAAGGCAACCAGAAGUCCACUGGAGCAUCCUCUUCAUCACCAACACAUCCUUCCUCUGCCACUCCAAUAACCACAGUACCAUCACUUCUGACUGGACUACCAUCUUCUCUCUUCCCCCAACCAGCAGUCUCUAAAUCAGGCACUUCACUUAUUAACGGGGGCAGAGCUUUAUCAUCUUCAACCCCUAACUCACUAUUAUUAUCGUCUUCUCCAGCUAUUUCAUCUACUAUCAGUUCAUCUGUUGCUUCCAUUCACCCGCUUUCCCUUUCACUGGGCCUGACACCACGUUACCUGCACGAGAAAUCAUCCAACACAUCUCCCUUUGGUCAUAGCAAUGGCAUCAGUUUCCCAACUCCUCCCCUUCCUACAACCAGCCAUCCUCAGGACCUUCAGUCCAGUUCACCUCUCACUUCUUCCUCCUCAUCAGGACGCCCCCAGCAUGUCUGUCGAUUCUGUGGGAAAGUCUUGAGCAGCGACUCCUCACUCCAGAUUCAUCUGAGGUCACACACCGGUGAGAGGCCCUACCAGUGUCCUGUGUGCUUGAGUCGUUUUACCACCAGAGGGAACCUGAAAGCCCAUUUCCUGCGACACAGAGAGCAGAACCCAGAGCUAUCCCUCUCCCUGCUGCCACCUGCACUGUCGGAGCAAGCGCAAAGUGUCUCAGCGCCGACGACCAUACCGAGGAGGAGAAAACGACGAGCCGAUGAUGACGAGACGUAUCACGGAGUGAAAGGAAGCGUUCCUGGGAUGACAGAGAGCAUGGCUUUGGGAUUACUAUCUGGUGCGUCGGCUCGUCCAUCACCGUCCUCCCUACCCCUGCCCCCCUCAGUGGACAUGGCUCUUCUGUCCACAGCUCAUUCACUGUUACAGUUAAACCGAGCCUCCGCUGCAGCUGCUGCCAGCACAUCUAGCUCUGUACUGCCUUCUUCAUCUCCAUCAUCCUCUUCCUGUGGUCAGUUUAAAGGAGCAAAGCAGCAGCGAUUUGAUGAAAACACUCCUCCUCACUCUGCUCACCACACGACGUCUCCGUACUCCCAGCUGGCACAUCUGCCCAAGAUUCUCUUCCCUGGAGGAGCCUCCCCACACCACCUUGCACUUCUCCGGCCCCCAGGCCACCCAUCCACCUCCCACCUCACUUUGCCUCAUCAGCUACCCUUCCCCUUCCCUCCUUUCCCCAAACCAUCCACCUCGUCUUCAUCUUCUCCCACCACUUCUACACAGACCUCAGACACAUCUAAGCUGCAGAGGUUGGUUCAGAAGCUAGAAAAGCAGCCACAAGGCAGUUCCUCCUCUUCUCCCUCCACCUCUUCACAAACCACUGCUGAGGUCAAUGGGGAUCCAAACAUCCGUGACAUGACCACCACAUCCAGUGCUUAUCGUAGGGAAAUGUUGGCCGCUCUUGGACUGAGCCCCAGUAUCAGUGCUGCAGUGACCAGUCAGGGCAUCUUAGGCUCGUGUACAACAACUACCAGUUCUUCCCCGUCCAUGCCCACCACCCAGACAGCCAAUCAGUGCGGAGUGUGUUUACGCGUCCUUAGCUGCCCCAGAGCUCUUCGUUUGCACCAGGCCACACAUCUAGGAGAGCGUCCCUUCCCUUGUAAGCUCUGUGGACGUUCUUUCUCCACAAAGGGCAGUCUUAGGGCCCACUUGGCCACUCAUCGUUCAAGACCACCCAAUGCUCGUGCUCUGAACUCUUGCCCCCUGUGCCCACGAAAGUUCACUAAUGCUCUGGUUCUUCAGCACCACAUUCGCCUGCACCUAGGAGGACAGAUACCACCCGACGAGGAGAUCCCACCUGAGGAUGCUGCAGAAACCAAAAGUGCUACCUUUGAUGAAGCUGAUGAGUCCUUCAACUCUCAAUAUAAACCACCACAGGUCCUUCCUCUGGCCUUGACAACAGGAUUUAAAUCUCCAGCAGAGACUGUUAACUCUGGGUCCACCUUUAAGCAACCCAUAACUAAUGAUGAUGAUGCAGCUUUUGUGAAUGUGAUUGAAUCUGAAGGCUCUGCUCACAGUGUUAGUCCUUUCCUCAGAUGUAAUACACCCUCGGCAGAAGUCGAGAAUCUCUUGAGUCUUGCAGACAACAUCCCAGCCAAUGAAAGUUCAAUAAACAGCCCCGUGCACUCAGAGGAGGAAACUCAGACUGACCUGGGCGCUGUCAGUUUGUUCAAAGCACCCUUAGCCAGCUCUUAUUCCGUUGUAAAGAAUGUAGACUCAGAAUCAGACGAUGUCCCGCUUUCCCUCUGCAUUUCAAAGCCUGGUGCUGAUGACAGUCUGGCUAAUAACGACGAGAGCUAUUCCAUAAACGAGCCCAAAACGAGUCCCUGUAAAAACCCAAACCCUGCAGCUGUAAGUCUUGUACCUGUGCUCAGCUCUCCUUCUAGCCCAAGAGGAGCUGUCCCAGAGGAGAAGGAGGUUUCUGGCAGUGGACCACAGGAGCUGCGGGGAAAAGAUGCUGCCCAGAGUGAAGUGAAGAAUGAGCCCGCAGUAUCUGGAAAGUCUUUAGCUGUGUCUAAUCCAGAGCCGGAGAAGGAUGCUCAGAUGGAGGGUCAUAGCCGGACAGAAAAACCUUCUGAUGACCCUGAGACUCCUCCUGUGGCACCACCGCCUCCUCCACCACAGCCCCCUCGCCCAGACAAACCCUACAGCUGCUCCCACUGUGGAAAGGCAUACGCCAGCCGAAGUGGACUUAAGGGGCAUAUGAAAACUCACCCUGGAGUGCCGACAAACACCCCCCUCAAGGCUCAAACCAAUGAAAAUGAUGAAAAUCACAGCUCACACGCGACAAGAACGAACUCCGGACAGCAGGAAGAAAAGCAAGGAGCGAACCCUGACAAAGGUGAUGGCACAGAUCUCCCAAUCCAUGUUGACUCUGACGUGAAGCCGGAAACUACGGACACCACAGCGUAGAGUCUUUAAACGACUACAGUCAGUUUUUAAUAGAUCCUGACAAGGGAAUGUAUUUUUUUUUUUUAAUAGGAUGAGAUUUUUUUUUGAUUGUUCUGUAGAGUCUUUAAUUCUAAUUCAUAUUUAGAUUCUGUUUA